UGUGGUCCUCUCUUCUGGAGGAGUGACGUCAUGCUGCUGCCUCCCCGGUGUGUGUGUGUGAGUGAGUCCGACGUGAUGACUCCUCCGCACGGUCACAGUUAGACCUUCACCCCGCUGCCGUUCAUCCUCCGCCGGUGCAGCGUGAUGCAGCAGAAGUUGUGUUCCAGAGGUUGUAGUUCUUUCCUCUUAGAGAGGAAUGGCCAGGCCUGCGGCGCCAUCACCGACCCCAUCGACCUCCCCUUCCGCUGCCCCCGCUGUGACGAGCUGGAGCGCUUCCACAGCCUGGCCUCACUCCGCGCCCACCUGGAGUACCGCCACUCGUACCGCUCACCGGACGUGGACACCAGCGGCUUCAGCAUCACCGGCAAACUCCCUGACCCACUGACGGCGGCGAUUCCCUGGCAUGACAUGAGCCUCCCGACACGCAGGGGGCAGCAGAGCACAGGGCGGCCACCUCACGUACGCUCCCUCAGCGACAGCAGGGACAGCGGGUACCUCCACUCCUACAGCUCUGUGAGGAGGCGGACCCAGAGCGUCGGGGUGGGAACGCAGGCAGAGGAUGAGGAGGCGGAGGAAGAUGAAGAGGACGGAGGAUCAGAGGAGGAGGACGAAGAGGAGGAAGAUGACGAUAGAGACGGCGGCAGAAAUGAGGAGGACAUUAAAAGGAAAAAGUCAGAUGCAGGACACCAUCACUUCCUGUUUCCUCCUCUUGCUCAUCUCGGACAACCAGCAGAUCUGGACCUGGACACGGAUCUGGAUCCAGACCUGGACCUGGUCGAGCAGAACUACUACUCUGGUCUGGAGACAGCAGCAGCCUCGGCGGCAGUGCAUCGGCGACUGGCCAACAUCCUGCGGGCGGCCGACAGCACCAUGCAGCGGCGGCUGGCCAAGGUGAGCACGGAGCUGGCCCAGACGGACACGGAGCUCCUGUGUGAACGCGCUCACUCGCAGCACCUGGCCCAGGAGAGGCAGGAGGUGGCCGAGCGGGAGCGGUCGUUGAGCCGGCAGGUGGAUGUCGCCGUCAUGGUGAUUGCGGCUCUGAGGGAGCAGCUCAACGCCUCAGAGAAUGAACUGGAGCGACGAGAGAGGGAGGUGAUAACUAUCCAGAAGUUUUUGGAAGCAGCGGCUCGACAGGAGACGUGUGGUAAAGUUCGAAUCCAGCGCUUCAUCGAGGACCUGCUACGGCGCAUCGCUCUGGCCGAGAGGCUGGUGGAGUACUACCAGGUUAACGGCAGUCCGCCGCAGUGCAACCACUACAAGCACCACCAGCAGCCAACUGAUAACGGACAUCACAGAAUCACUAAAAGCAGGUCAGCAGGAGGUCCGCUGUCCUCGUCUGGUUUCCACGACAGCAGGACGCCCUUUUCCUCCCACUUCAGCGGCCGUCCUCCGUUCUCCAAACCAGGUGGAGACCGAGACCGGGAGCGGGAGCACAUGGAGCGGCUGGCUCAGUCGUCCAGGCUCUUCUGCCGACCCGAACACAGAGACGACAUCUGGAACCACCAGCGCCGCCGGUCCGCCGGGUACGAGGCCUAGACAUGUAGGGAGACGCCAGGGAGAGGGGGGGUCAGUGGGCUCAACCUUUUUACACAAUGACUUGAUUUCAGUACGAUAAUCUGUGGAAAAGUUCAGUAACGUCAAAGUCACAAGGAACAAAUCACGUGCUGAUGUUAUUUUAAAAGUUAUCUUGCAUUUGAUAUUUCCCAGAGAUUAUUGAACUGAGGUGAAUGUGACUGUAGAUAAACUGUCACUGCUCAAACAGAAACGUGCGACAGCUUCUCGUCUUCUGUCAAAUUUAACAGCACAAAUCCAUCAAGUUCAGUUUGUCUCAGUCUUUACUGAAACGGAUGUUUGGUUUAUUUCCUCUGCUCUUUGGACAAACUAGUUUUUAUUUCCUGACUGUGAGUGAACAACAGACGAGGUCUGAUCGUGGAAACGAGUCAUUUACUCAGUGAUGCUGACGACUCGUCCUCUCCUCUGGUGGAACCUUCACAUCUCAGCCUGCUUCUGCCUCAAACUCCCCGUCAGUCCAGUCAUCUUCUUCCUGUCUGUGCUUUUUAAGGUCAAACUGCUGAAAUUAUCCUGAUAGUUAAAUGUUUGGAACUUCCUCCACCAACAGACAUUUGUGAAGUAUUUGAAUGAAGUGUAGGUUCAUUUAAAUAUAGAGCGUCGCCCUGUGGCGAGAGAGGAGACGGUGGAUUUCCUUUUUCUCGUCAGCUCUAACAGUCAGUGACGGGGACAAGUCCAGAAAGUGGAGCCAAUGAAGUUCCUGUAUUCUGUGUGAUGACCAAUGAGUGCAGGUGGGCGUGCAUCCAGCUCUCAGCCAGGCUCCACCCCCACUCAAAAAACCCAAGAUGGCGCUGGACAAACUCACAAACCGUUGAGUGACGCCUCCUCGCCGCUCUGGUUUGCUCUGUUAGGCACAGACAUGACUUUGAUGACAUCAGAUCUGGGUCGAGCUCAUUUUUCAUGUUGGCUUUCGCUCGAGUGAGUGAGCUUCACUACAUGAGGGCCAACACGCACACGGAUAACUGUACAUAACGUUACAUGUUUAGUAUUUACUGUGAGUUCAAUGUUUCCCGACAGUUGGUCCUUCUGUACGCAGCGAACCCGCCCGGCGGUCUGACCCCAGAGCAGGAUGUUACACCAGAGAUACGGUGGAGGCUAAAAUCAAUUAAGUAUAAGCCACUUAACUCAAAAGGAGCCGUGCAACCGGUUUGGGAAGGAACGCUUGCGUCCAACAUAAACCAGAAGAUAGAAUCAGUUUCAUCUUUCCAGAGCGAUUCAGGCCGUGUUAGCCUAGCUUAGCACAAAGACUGGACGGAGAGGGAAUCUGCCAGCCUUCAUCCAUCACUACUCAGUGACGGAACAAGUAGCCUCAAAGAUUGAAUUCCUCCGAGCCACAGAGCGACGUGUUCCUUCAUUACCAUGAACGCUUGACGAUCAAUGAAGAAUGAGUAGAACUAACCAGACUUGUUCUUAAAUCAAAGCUUCAACCCGUCUUUGUGCUCAAGCUUUGGCGAACUGGAAAAUAAAAAAGUUUGGUUUUAUCCUCCAUUAGAUUAUUUCCUGAUCAUGCAGCUCGACCAAGUUCUGCAGGACACCACACACACAGUAUAACGAAUGUACCGAGUUAAUGUUCUAGCUCAACGCUGAAAGAGACGCUGCGUUUUAAGACCUGACUCUCGUCCCGUCGCUCGUUCAGGCUUAAACUCGCAUCCUCGUCGGCACAGAAACGGGUGGAGAUUCUCCAACAAACCGAAUGACGUUGUAUCAAACGCUUUCAUCCAAAGUGACUUAUCAGUGCCGUGAACACAUUCAGUACAUCUGCAGUAAAUGAGUCGUGGCGGCUUCUUUAACACCAUCGCUCCUCUGUUUACACGCCAUGUUUUUGUGCUCAUCCAAUCAUAAGAAUGUAAAUGUAAAGAUGGUAUUUGGUGUAAAAUGUGCCCAGUACUUAGUUUUCGUUGACAGUGUUAAUAGAUAUUUUAUAUACGAAGCUAUUAUGUGUCGUCAAGUGGAAUUAGUCGUCCUUUAACUUGGCAGAACAUUAACCUGAGUCACUGAUCAUUCUUGUUUCUCAGCAGCGUGUCCGCAGGUCCUGUAAGCGUCUUUAAAUGAUGUCACUUUAAGUCUUUCGAGUGUUAAACUUAAACGUCCAUCGGAGGAUGAUUUCUUUCAAGAGAGUUGAUUUUAUAAAAAAAAAAAAAAAUGAGUUGCAUCAAUAAGGUGUUUAAAAAGUGUUUCGUGGAUCGUGCAGACACCUUCCAGAGGCCGAGGCGACGUCCACACUGACACGUUUUAUUUUUAAAUUAAAGUUAUCUCCGUCCACGUUUGAACUUCGUGUCGGAAAUAAUUCAACAGGAAGUCGAUUGUCUCUGCAGUUGGUUGAUCAGUAACAGAAACUCCUCUGAUGUGAGAACAGUGAUGAGCGACGACGAGGUGGAACUGUCACUGACAGGAAGUGUUAGCAACGCUCGUAUUAUUUUCUGUUAUUAAGCAACGGACUGCAGAGACAAUCUACUUCCUGUUUACAACACAUGACCAGUGUGCGUGAAUGGUGACGUGACACGUGUGUUAGUGUGAACGCAGCCUGACCAGUGGUUGUGCUCAUCAUCUAUUUUUU